CCCUCAGAUCGAGGCAGCCUCCCCCUCUCAGCCGGCAGCACAUUCCGCCGCCGUUGCCGCCGCCGCCGGCCCCGCGGUCGUCUUCGCCGGAGCUGCUGUGGUGCCGGGGCUCGGGACAGGAGGGGGCGGCCGGCCGGGGAGUGGAGGCCGCGGAGGCCGGGCGAGAGGAAGGGAGCGGACGGACGGACGGGCGGGCGGCGCAGGCGGCGGCCGGCUUCCUGGGAGCGUCGGUGCGGCGCGGUGGUUGGGGCGGAUCCCGCGGGGCCCGGGCGGGGAGGGGGGAGAGUCGCCGACCCGGCCAUGGCGGACAACGAGAAAUUGGACAACCAACGGCUCAAGAAUUUCAAGAACAAAGGCCGCGACUUAGAGACUAUGAGAAGACAACGAAAUGAAGUUGUAGUUGAAUUAAGGAAGAAUAAAAGAGAUGAACAUCUCUUAAAGAGAAGAAAUGUGCCACAUGAAGAUAUCUGUGAAGACUCUGAUAUAGAUGGUGAUUUUAGAGUACAAAAUACCUCUCUAGAAGCUAUUGUUCAAAAUGCUUCAAGUGAUAACCAAGGAAUUCAAUUAAGUGCAGUACAAGCUGCUAGGAAACUUUUGUCCAGUGAUCGAAAUCCACCAAUUGAUGACUUAAUAAAAUCUGGAAUAUUGCCUAUUUUAGUUCAUUGUCUUGAAAGAGAUGACAAUCCUUCUUUACAGUUUGAAGCUGCGUGGGCUUUGACAAACAUUGCAUCUGGAACAUCUGAACAGACACAAGCUGUGGUUCAAUCCAAUGCUGUGCCACUUUUCCUAAGGCUGCUGCAUUCACCACAUCAGAAUGUCUGUGAGCAGGCAGUGUGGGCAUUGGGAAAUAUUAUAGGUGAUGGACCUCAGUGUAGAGAUUAUGUGAUAAGCCUUGGAGUUGUAAAACCUCUGCUUUCAUUCAUAAGUCCGUCUAUUCCUAUAACAUUCUUAAGAAAUGUUACCUGGGUUAUGGUCAAUUUAUGUCGCCACAAAGACCCACCACCACCAAUGGAAACAAUUCAGGAGAUUCUUCCAGCUCUUUGUGUAUUAAUUCAUCACACAGAUGUAAAUAUAUUGGUAGAUACUGUCUGGGCCCUCUCCUACCUUACGGAUGCUGGCAAUGAACAGAUACAGAUGGUAAUAGACUCCGGAAUAGUUCCUCAUUUGGUUCCUCUACUCAGCCACCAGGAAGUUAAAGUUCAAACUGCUGCACUUCGAGCUGUGGGCAACAUUGUCACUGGGACUGAUGAGCAAACACAAGUAGUUUUAAACUGUGAUGCUCUUUCACACUUCCCAGCACUUCUCACUCAUCCCAAAGAGAAAAUUAAUAAAGAAGCAGUGUGGUUCCUGUCUAACAUCACUGCAGGAAAUCAGCAGCAGGUUCAGGCAGUAAUUGAUGCCAAUCUUGUACCAAUGAUAAUACACCUUUUGGAUAAGGGAGAUUUUGGCACCCAGAAAGAAGCUGCUUGGGCCAUAAGUAACUUAACAAUUAGUGGGAGGAAGGACCAAGUGGCCUACCUUAUCCAACAAAAUGUUAUUCCACCUUUCUGCAAUUUGCUGACUGUAAAAGAUGCACAAGUUGUGCAAGUAGUGCUUGAUGGACUAAGUAAUAUAUUAAAAAUGGCUGAAGAUGAGGCGGAAACCAUAGCCAAUCUCAUAGAGGAGUGUGGUGGACUGGAGAAAAUUGAACAACUUCAGAAUCAUGAAAAUGAAGACAUCUACAAAUUGGCCUAUGAGAUCAUUGACCAGUUCUUCUCUUCAGACGAUAUUGAUGAAGAUCCUAGCCUUGUUCCAGAGGCAGUUCAAGGUGGAACAUUUGGUUUCAAUUCAUCUGCCAAUGUACCAACUGAGGGGUUCCAGUUUUAGAAAGAUAUUGUGGAAGCUAGGUACAAUGCAGCACUGAGACAUAUAUAUAUAUAUACACAUAUAUAUAAAAAGGUUUGAUCCAUCAAGCUUGGCUCAUGGGAUCUGCUGCUGCAUUAAAUCGGGAGAGAAAAUGUGAAGAUUUCAUUUGGAAUCGCAGAAUAUGCCCAGAUGAGGUCAAGGUGGCGAGUGGGUGCGAGUGAGAAUGAGUGGCAAUGUAAGGAAAAGUUGACGUGAAUGCUUAUUUAGGUUGAAAGUAAAGGGGCUACAGGUCACAGGUAUUGGUGCCUGAGAAGGAGCAUUGACUCCCUCUGUCAAUGGAGGGAGGUGAAGUGCUGUCGUCAUCAAGCCUUGUAAGCAUGAAAGCGAUGUCCAUGGAAGUCAAGGGAAAUGAGCCCAGGCUUGCUGAGGAGCAGUGUGAGUGGACAGUGGUGAGUGAGUGUCUGGCUCCGUGGUAGAGAGCCAGGUUCAUCUUUCCAAUCUAGGGCUCUUCACGCAUGCCGUGGACUCCUGGUCCUGGAGUGACUGUGUAGAGAGUGUGGUUGUGGUGCUGUAUGUGGACGCAUGCAAGCUUGAUUUGCCUUCAGGGGGCUGAUAACAAACCUAGUAGAUCAUCAAAGUGAGAUCACAAGUGUUAAUGUACACUGGACAUGAAAACAAAAGACCGGUUUAGCAGCAGACAUUGGUUUACUCUGCAGCCUGUGUUUUCUAUUCUCCCUCUACCUUCUCCCUCUCCCCCCCUUUUUUUUUAAAUUUAGUUUUUAUUUACCUAGUAUGGCUUUUUUAGUUGCUUCUCAAGUCAGAAAACUUCAGGAAGGUUUCCCUGUGCAUUUGCACCAGAUGAGUGUUUGAUGCUAUGAAAAGCUUUCCAUAUCAUCAAAACUAAAUUUGUGUAGAUUUUUGCAUGAAAAAAAUCAUAAAUUUCCCUCACAGUAGACUGUGUUGCAGUACACAAGUUGCCAUAAUAGUAUAAAAUGUGCUUUAAAAGCCAUUCUUUUCAUUUUCAGAGAUAACAUAAAGAUCUUUGCAUGAGGUAAAUCUACAGCAUAGUUCAUUUUUAGAUUUUGUUGAGUCCUGUAAAGAAGAGAAGUUUCAGUUGUGAUAGAAUACCGUGCUGUGUUGAAAUGUUAACUUGUUUUCAGACUUUGUUUUCUAUGAAAAUGAUAUGGAAGCUUCUGAAAUGGAAUUUGGUGCAUAUGUACUGCUGAAUAAAGACCGAUGAAGGGGUUUGAGUAGAUGUACAAAUCAAGUAAUGGUUUGAACACCUUCAAUAAUAUGCCUAAUCUGUUGAAUUGUUUUAGAAUCUUUUUAUCUUAGAUGUAGGCAGCCAUGAACAAUCUAUUUUGAGCCACUUUAGGGAGAAAACUUUGUAUUUUUAAAACUUGCAUAAAAGUUAUGCAAGUGGUUUUUAUAAAUUGGAAUAAUACCUCAGUUGUGAGGUUACGCACACUAAAUUAAAUAUGUCAUAAAUUAAUUUGUACAAAAGGAACUCUUUAUAAGGUGGCUCAUUGUAGGAACUCCUGUGCCUUCCCCUUUGAGCACAAGUGUUGCAUGAACAACAGUUUGCUAUAAGAAACAUACCAGGUUAGCCACCAUUCGCAUCUAUAUCUACUUUGUGUUUAAAAAUUAACUGGUAAUUCUGAAACACUGUAGAAUGGAUAAAAAUUAUUUUGUGAUCAUAACUCUUUGUUGAACUAGAGUAUUUUUGCAGCAUUCCUUGUCAUCAAAAACAUGGUUAAAGUUUAAAACUAGAAGCAGCAGAAAACUAGCUUGUAAAAUUUAUCCAAGUAGAAUACAGGCUAGGCUGUCUUGGGGAAAUAAACAUUAAAACUUAAAGCAAUGUUUUACAUGGGGUGUGUGUGUGAUGUGUGGAUUUCUUUUUCUAUCUAAUAUUAAGUUAGAGCAUACCUCAGUGGCUUCUGUUAGCUUCUUGUCAGUCUUAAGCCUUUUUCUAGAACCAGCAUAAGACGUCAUAAAAGCUGCAACUUGGUUCUGGCAUGUUGGUAUUGCCGUGCACAGGGUUUGUGCAGUUGACCCCAUCUACACUUGCACCUUCUCCCAGUUGACACCAAGGUUUUGACCUUCCUUCACUUUCCCAAGUCAAUAGGAUUAAGAAACAGCUUGAGCUAUAUUUUUAAAUACUGUCGUAGCCAACAUGUAGCUCCAAAUGAUAGAUUGCAUACAAGGCCUAUUUUUUGCAGAAAGUGUGGAUUCUGGGAAGGUGAGCAUAUACUCCAUUAUAUGAUUACUAUUUUUUAAUUAAACAGUAAUCAGUGAGCUUGUAAUAGGUACCUGUAUAUAAAGGAAUUCUGGCAGGUAGCUUAGCAUGGUGUCAUAUGCCUGUGAUCCUAGCUCUCAGAAAGCUGAGGCAGGAGAGUCACCUCAUUCAAAUACGGCCUUGGUUAUAUUGUCAUGAGACCCUCCUUCAGGAAGUAAACAAAGUGUGUGGGAACAAUAUUCACAUCUCUAAGGGCUACCUGAAUGUCUAAAUACUUGUUUCUAACUGUGAUCACUAUGGGACAUUGAUUUUUUUUUUUCUAUAAUUCUAAGGUGUGUUUUUCUAUUUCUAAAAUGUGUCCCAAAUAACACAACUUUUUUUAAAUUCUUCAGUGACCUAGGAAACUGAAUUUUAACAAAAACCAUUAUAUCUGAUAAGGGGGAAAUAGGGUAAUAAGUCUAAUAAGCUAACUGUUAUUAUUUUUCAUGUUCUUAAACUGCCAUGUUUAACACCAAGCCCUUCUCAAGUGCUACAAAAAUAAAAAUACUGUGUUAAGAUGUGUGAGUAGACCUUGUCUAAAAUAUACUGUUUAUCAUAGCAGACCAUGGUGGUGCAUGCCGCUAAUCCCAGUAGAGGCAGGUGGAGGAUCUCUAGAGGCCAGCCUGGUGUAAAGAAUGAGUUCAAGAUAGUCAGGACUACACAGAGAAACCCUGCCUCAAUUUCAUUUAUGUUUCAUUUUGUAAUUUUGAAAGGCAUCAGUAGCCAUGUGGUAUGGUGAAACUGGUAUUUUCCACAUUGUACUAGGCCAAACCUAAAGCAUUUCUAUAUUUGGAACUGUCUACACAUCAUUAAAAUGUACCUGGGAGGGUCUAGUUAGGUUUACCUUGACUAUACUUCAUAGGAUGAAGAUGCGUUUGUUGUAACAUCAGUAUAACUUACAGAACACUCUUUUCCAAUUCUGUUGUUCAGCUUCAACAAAAAGUUAGAAAUAAAUGAAGUUUUGUCUUUUAAGACUAAUAACUAAUUACCUCACGUUCGUUGCCCUAGAACAUGACAUGUGUUUGUUGUUUCACAGUUUCUGUGAGUCGGGAAUCUAGCUAAAGUUUGACUAGAUCCUCUACUCAGGGCCUUACAAGACUACCGUUUUAUCUGAAGUGGGGGCUCUUGCUCUCUGCACUUGUGCAACACAAUCCUUUCCUGGCCACUUGCUUCUUCAAGACUACCAGGAAACUUUGGGAUCUCAGGGGAGGCCGCUGCCCUCUUUUAAAGGGCUGGCUUGGUGAGGUUAGGUCCCUCAUACCCCAGGGUAAGUUCCCUUUGAUUAAACUUCAAGCUAAAUAGGUACACUUACUACAGUUGCAAAAUCCUUUCCCAUUUGGUGCAUUCUGGUCCAUUCCAAAAGGAAUCGUCUGUUAGAUUGGCAGGUCCUGUCCUCUGUGUGUACGUAUGCCAGAUAGUGUUGGGGGCCAUUGUACUUUUCUACACGUCACGAAACUACCAAAUACCAGAAUUGGGAUAAUUUAAAAAUGAUUACUCCCACACAGUAUAAGCUAAGAUUCUCAUUAAGAUUACCUGUAAGAACCCAUCAAAACUUCUAGUUUAGGGGGCUGGAGAAAUGGCUCAGUGGUUAAGAGCACUGCCUGCUCAUCUAAAGGUUCUGAGUUCAAUUCCCAGCAACCACAUGAUGGCUUACAACCAUCUGUAAUAAGAUCUGGUGCCCUCUUCUGGCCUGCAGGCAUGCAUGUGGACAGAAUACUGUAAUACAAUAAAUAAAUCUUUAAAAAAAAAAAAAACUUCUAGUUUAGUUUACCCUCAAAGUACAUAUACAUGCAGUUUACAUGUAGUGGUGUUGGAAUUACCUAAAUUACAGAAUAAAUUGAUCUGUCCUAACCCUCUUAGAGUUAUGAAAAGAGGAUUAGUCCAAGGUUACAUGUUAAGGACUGAGUUAAGGCCUAGACUUUUACUUCCACUGUCAUGUAAUGUUUUCAGUUAUUAAGCACUCAUCUUUAAUCAAACCUUUUUAAUGUGUAAAAUUUAUUUUUAAAUUAUUGCUAUAUUAGAAUCCUAAAUAUCUGCGUGCUCUUACACCUUUUUUACUUGGUUUCUUAUUGACAAGACUUAUUAAAUGUCACCCAAUAAUUUAAUAUUAGAAAAUCCAGGUAGCUAUUCAGUUUUAUCCAAAUACUAGCAAAUCCAUGCCUAAAAAUUUGAACACUUUAAUGUUAAGCUUCUUAAAUAACCCAUUACUAAAACAUGUUCUUUUUAGGGCUGAGGAUACAGUUCAGUUUUAUGACACUUGCCUGGAAUGUGAGGAGCCUUGGAUAUUAUCCUAGCACUGCAAAUAUAUGUACGAGAGAAAGACUGUGUGUGUGUGUUUACACGAGUAGUCAUGUGUGCUUUAUUUAAAAUACAUAGGUAAAUGUUGCACAGGUGUCUAAAUCACAGUGCACAUUGGUGGCAAUAAUGCAACCCUUUUUAAAAACGAGUUCUUACUAUGUUGCUGAGACAAGCUCUGUCUCCUUUCUGUGCUCAGCUUCCAUAAAGGCUGAGGCAUGAAGAUGGUUAUGAGCAUGCCACUGUGUUUUCCUGUGUAGUGCACAUUAACUCAUUAGUAAAGAAUGCUGUAGCUGUGCCGUGAUGGCGCACCCCUUUAAUCCCCACACACACUCAGCCUGUGUCUUUAUUUUCCCUAACUGUCUUUGACUUCUGAUCUGGAUAGCUGUGUUAGUCUGGUUUUUAUUUUCUCUUAAUUGAAUACGUCGGGCUGGGUAAGUUUUAAAGACAUUCACCUUGGGUCCAAGGGGCUGCAUCUAGUGUUUGCUGUCCUCUGGUAAUCACAUGACAAGAAGUAGGGUGCUUAUAUGAAUGUGUCCUUUUGCUGGGUAUCUUCUUGGCCCACAAACGUGUCAUCUGGCAGGCUCUAAUGACCUUGUCUAAUCUUACCACAUACCAAAUGCCCCAUAGAUAAAUACCACUGGAUUAAGUUGUCACCUCUGACUGGGAAAAAGACUUAGGAGGACACAAACAUUAUCUGUAGCUAAUGAACUCUUUGACUAUAGUUGCUAAUUUCACCCAAAGAUUCCUCCAAUCUGCUUUUACUCCUAAUUUGAAAAAGCUGUCAAGAAUAUCUAAUAAUCUCCAUGAUUUUAUCGUGGAAUCAGCCUGUAGUGACUUGCCUUCCAGAUAGUUUCCUCAGUGCCUCUCCAUCCUGCUGAGCCCUUUCUCAUUAGUAUACAGCUGCCGUUUUAUUGUGUGUUUGCUUGGGUGUAUGUGUGUUGAGCAUGCUGAGCUACAUCCCAAGCCUGCCUUUUUACUGUUUGGGGAUAGAGUAACACUAUUUAACUCUCCAACUUGACUACAAAAAGUCUUUUUCCAAAGAAUAAUGGAAAGUUUCCAUAAUUUAACUCGCAGUCGGUGGGGAUGUACUGGAUAACAUCUCUUACAGUGUUAAGGGUUUUGCCUCUGUUCAUUUCUACAUGAAACAUAGCCAUCAGGUUAUUCUGAAUAGCUUCUACCUCUAGCUGUUUCCCUUUUGAUUUGCCAAUGUACUUCCUUCAUAAACAGAUGAAGUCUUCAACAAAUCAGUAACUUCCAGUAUUGGAGCUACGCCACCUAUGUACCUCUGCCACAUCUGUAUUUUCAUAACUGGCCUACGGUCUUUGACAUGGUGGCAUCUCUAGCCAUCUUAAACAUUUAACCUGAAGCAUUAUAUGUGUAAUAGAACUGAUGCAGAAAAGCUUUUGUAUUCUCCUUUGAACCAGUUUAGGACUGUCAUCUACAUGGUAGCUUUGUUGUCAUCCAGCUCCACUGUGGCUAGAGGUGCUAAGAGUCCUGCAAGCUCUCCCCAUUACCACUACCCGUGUAGUCCUUGUGCUCCAGGUACAGGGAGGAAGGGAGAACUUACCUCAUUUGUAUCCUGAGUUUUUUAACUUCACUCUUGUCCCUUGCCUAUUUUAAAUCUGUGUCCUUCAGGAAGUCAGGAAUAUAGCCGAGGCUAUCUACCAUCCUUGCCAUCCCGCAUUAACUCAUUUUGCAAUAUGUGUUUUGUGUUGAUGGUGAAUUUUCAGUCUGUAGUGUCUGUUCACUCAUUGCUUUCACACCUGCGUUUCUCGUCUUUCUCCGCUAGAUUGUAAGCUCCUUAAGGGCAAGGUCAGCAUAUCAGCAAAGCUAUGUAAACACCAUGAACGUGCCGUGCCGGGAAUUCUAUGGGCACUCAAUAAAAGUGUGUGAUAA